UGUGUGAGUGUGUGUCUCUCUCUCUCUCUCUCUCUCUCUCUCUCUCUCUCUCUCUGUGUGUGUGUGUGUGUGUGUGUGUGUGUGUGAGUGUAUGUGUGUGUGUGUGUGUGUGUGUGUGUGUGUGUGUGUGUGUGUGUGUGUGUGUGUGUCGCGGACAGAUGUCGUCAGGACACACUCAAUCCAAUCGUCUUUCAUUGUGCUGAAGCGGAAGAUGGCGGCGGUGUCGGUGCGGAGCGGUAGCCCGGGCGCAGAGUCCACUUACAGCGGCACAGCAGCGAUCGCAGAGCGGCUGCGAGCGGAGGAGGGAUCCGCGGCAGAGAAACAGAGUCGUGUAACCGCACUGCUGGAGAGACUUCAUGCCAAGCACAACUCGUCCCGCUCCUGGCAGGAGACUAGUAAAGUGGUCCGGCAGGCUAUGGAGAAGCGUGGUGUGACGAAUACAGCUGGACAUCAACUGGUGCACAACUGUUUAGAGACACUGCAGAGAGCACUGAAAGUGUCCUCGCUGUCGUCAAUGACAGAUCGUCUGGAGUCCAUUGCUCGCCAGAACAUGUUGGUGUCGCACCUGAGCCCCUCACGGACUGAGUGCUACAUCACCUCAGAUAUGUUCUACGUGGAGGUGCAUCUAGAUAAAGCAGGACAGCUCGUGGACGUUAAAGUGGCCCAUCAAGGUGAAAGCCCUGCGAGUUGUCCAGAGCUGAUACUGCAAUUAAGAGACAAGAACUUUGAUGAGUUUUCCAAGCACCUGAAGGGUUUGGUGAAUCUGUACAAGCUCCCCAGAGACAGCAAAUUAAAGACUAGAAUGUACCUGGUGCUGCAGUCUCUGGAGUUAGACCUCACCAAGAUGAUGCACAUGUUCAGGAUAGCCACGAAUGCCAACACAGUGGAAACGAUACUUCACGGCAGCGUGGGUCUGCUGACGGCGAGGAGUGGCGGUCAUCUAGUGUCUCUACUGUGUUAUGUGUCUCCGUAUGACAUCUUUGAGGAGGGAACUGGAUCCCAACUCAACUUCACCGAUGCCAGUAUUCCUCGUACUCUUGGAGUGAGUGUAUCGGUGACUGUUGAGGGCACCUCAUCAUUGUACAAGCUUCCCAUCGCUCCGCUUAUCACAGGAUCCCAUCCAGUUGAUAACAAAGGGACUCCAUCGUUUUCUUCAGUAACAAAUUCAAACUGUGUAGAUUUAAAUGCAUGUUUUUUCUUGAAGAUGAAUCAUCCUAUGCCUUUCUCUUUAUCGUUUAUUCAAAGGAUGGGUAGUACCACAGGUAUUCCUGUGUUCGAGACUGCGCCCGCCUUGUUCCCGCUGUAUGACCUCAUCAUUAAGAGCCAACUGCAUGAAGAGGGAGUGGCCACCCAUCCUGUUUUGGCCCAAUCAACACGCUUCUGUGCAUCUUUGCCAGGACAGCAGCAUUGUUAUUUUCUGAAUGGUGAUGCUCCAGUUCAGGAUGGAAGGUCUCUUCAAGGAGCUUUAGUUUCCAAGAUUCCAUUCAGACAUCCUGCUCAGGUGCCCGCUCUCCUCGACAUCAUACGACACCAGGCUGCUUACAACACACUGAUCGGCAGCUGCGUCAAAAAUACUUACAUUAAGGAAGCAGAUACCCCUGGACUGCUGCAGUUUGAGGUGUGCCCGCUAACAGACUCCAGCUUUAGUGUAUCCUUCCAGCAUCCUGUCAAUGAAUCUCUUGUCUGUGUGGUGAUGGAAGUGAUUGACUCACGGCAGGUUGCCUGUAAGCUGUAUAAGGGUUUAUCUGACGCUCUGAUCUGCACUGAUGACUUCAUUACCAAAGUAGUCCAGAGAUGUAUGUCCAUUCCUGUGACUAUGCGUGCCAUCCGACGCAAGGCAGAGACCAUUCAGGCGGACACUCCAGCAUUGUCCCUUAUAGCUGAAACUGUGGAAAUUAUGGUAAAGAAGAACCUGCCCCCAACUGGCAGCCCAGGUUACAUGGGAAUGGGUGCAGGGCCUGAUGGGAGCAACCAAAUAGGUCUUCUUGGAGUAAGUGGUGGGACCACCUGUACAGGAAACAACAAUGUUAUGGGUGUUGGGGGAAGUGGGUCUUUCCAAGGCCCAAUCACCUCACUGUUCACCAUGAGUCGUACAGGUCAGGGAGGCUCAAGUAUGGACAGCAUGGGACAGGUUGGCGGUCAGCAGCAAGCAAUGCAACAACAACAGCAGGGCCAUGGUUCAGAUGACUUCAGCAAAGUCACUCAGAAUCCCAUCCUAACCAGUCUUUUGAAAAUCCCAGGCAGUGUCGGAUCCAGUCCAACUCCCCAGCCACCUCAGCCUCACCAGACCCCUCCACCAACCACCUCUCCGGCAAGCAACACCAAAAACCACCCAAUGUUGAUGAAUCUACUAAAGGAUAACCCCUCACAAGAUUUUUCUACACUGUAUGGCAGUAGCCCUCUAGAAAGACAGAAUUCAUCUGGGUCCCCGCAGACAGAUAGCCAAGGGCAGUAUUGCCCUGGCAGCAAGGGCAAGAAAAAGCGUCCAAGAGUAUCUGAUAAAGGAGCAAUGGGAGCAGGAGGUGGAAUGGGCAUGAAGCAACAAUCUCAGCAGCAGGUUGGGGGCAUGACCCAACAGCAUCAUCACACUCAACACUCUGAAGAUGAUUUCCACCGAGAGCUUUUCUCCAUGGAUGUUGAUGCCUCCCAGAACCCCAUCUUUGAUGUCAGUCUUCCAGGCGAUGGACUUGACACCCCUCAUAGUAUCACCCCAGCCCCAAGUCAGUGUGGGUCUCCACCUUCAGGUCCUGGAUUGCCAUACCAUCCACAGUCUCAUGUUCAGCCUCAGUCACAAGGAACCAUGCCCCGUAUGGUGCGACUCUCCAGCUCUGACAGUAUUGGGCCAGACAUUAAUGACAUUCUGUCUGAUAUCCCUGAUCAGGCCAAUAGAGGAAGCAACAGCAGUCAUGGCCAGCAUCUCAUGGGUGGUGAAGAAGGUGCUUCCUUGGGAACUCCACUGCAGGAUUCCUCCAGCUCAGGCCAAGGUAGUGCAGUGUUUGAGGCUGACCUGUUUAAUGUAAACAGCAAUGAAAAUCCCUUUACUGAUGCAGCAGACCUGAUUGCAGAAGCUGCCACUGCAGCAACACCCAAUAGCGAUUCUUCCUCUACAAAUUUCUUCCCAGAUACAGACUUUAACCCAGAGCUGCUAGGAGCUGGACAGGGAAGCUUUGCACCAAAUUAUUUUGAAGACAGUUCACCCAGCCCUGACCCAGAUCUUGACCUGGUCAAAGGUUUCAGUGGGGGAAGUCAGCAGAACACCCCUACUGGCACACCUCAGAAUCCCACCUCACAUGGUCAAAAUACUCCAGAGGGCUCAUUAAAAGACCACUUUGACAUUGGAAUUUUUGGUGGCAACAGUAGUGGAGGAAAGCCAAUGCUGAGUACAGUAUCAGAUAUGGGAGACUCACACACUUCGGGUAUGAUGGGCAUUGGGGCAGCAGGGAAUGAUUUUAAAACCAGUGAUACAAAGAUUAAACAGCAGCAACAGAUCAGAUCAAAGGAAGAUAAUGGAGGAGGAAAUUCUGGAAUAGGAAUAGGGGGUACAGGUUCUUCUGAAGUGAAGCAGGUGAAACGAAGUCGCACUCCUUCAAGUGAAGGCAAAUCGAAAGACAAACCUCCUAAGCGUAAGAAGUUAGAUCCAGAUGGCAAGUCUCCUUCACACAGCUCAGGGGGUCGGCCUUACACUCCUCCAUGUGGGAGUGCCGGUUCUGGAGGAUCCAUGAGUGGAGGUGUAUCCAAGUCACCUGGGAGCUCAGCUAGGUCUCAGACCCCACCAGGAGGUGCUACUCCACCAAUACCCAAAAUCACAAUUCAGAUUCCCAGGACUUUAACUGGAGGGAAAACAUCAUCUCAUGGAGGCUACACAUCGACUAGCUCAACAAGCGGAGGUAUGAGUAGUACAAGUGGCACAGGCAGUAGCAAAAGUCACCAUUCUCACUCUUCAUCCUCAGGAAAGAUUAAGAGUAGUAAACUAGAAGGCUCCAGUGGGCAAGGAAGCAUCUCCAAACCAUCAAGCAUCGCAGGGGUUGGAGGUGGUAUGCCUCCUCAAUCCAAAGGAUCUUCUAUGGGGACGGGUGUAGGCAAGCCAUCCUCCUCUCCCAUUACCAAGCAUGGUAUGUCAGGCUCAGGCAGUGGGGGCAGCAGUGGAACAGGAAGUGGAAACAAAAUUAAGCCCCAAGGUGGUAAGCCCCCUGGCUCACUCAUGAACCCCAAUAUCAAGCCUAACAUCUCUCCUUCACACUCUCGUUCUGCCAGUUCUGACAAACUCUCCUCUCCGAUGAAACUUCAGCAGAGCCAGGUCCCUGGGACCCCACCCUCUUCUAAAGCAAAGUCCCCUAUUGGCUCAGGCAGUGGGGGAUCAGGGGGCUCUAAGACCUCUUCUAGUGGUGCAAUGGGUACCCAAAAGCAAUUAGGCAGUUGUUCAUCUACAAGCUCUUCUGCAUCCUCUACUUCCUCUUCAAGUUCCUCCUCUUCCUCUGGCUCCAUGUCCUUUUCUGGUGGCCAGUCACAGUAUGGGAGUAGUGGAGGAGGUUGCAGUGGUGGUGGGGGUGGUGGGGGUGGGAACAACCCUAAUGCAAAAGGUAAGUCACCAAGCAGAAACAAAAAGCCAUCUCUUACUGCAGUCAUAGACAAAUUAAAAAGUGUUGGUAGUGGAGGUAUUGGUGGGGAGGAGGGUGAAGGUGGUGGUGGCAGUGCAGGUGGGGGAGUGCCUCUAAAUGUUGGUCCUACAUCCUCCAAGCAUGGAAUGUCCUCUCAGGGAGGAGAGUUUAUAAGCAAACGAGACAAGAUGGACAAAGAAGGCAAACCCAAGGUGUCAGGGGGCAACUCUGGUGACAAGAAGAUUAUUGAUCCGAAAAGUGGUGUGGUGAGUGGAACUGGUGUGGCAAAGAUUAUUAUCAGCAAGCCUGAUGGUGGCUCUCCAAGCAUUAAGUCUAAAGUAACUCUCCAGAAACCUGGAGAAGGUCCUGGAGAUGGCUCCAUGCGCUCCCAACAUUCAGGCGUCAAAGCAUCACCCCUUUUCAGUGGCUCUACACCAAAACAUGACCGCAGCUCUCCAAGUCACAGCCGAUCCCCUGGGUACACACCCCUAAACCCAGACAGUGAGAGCGAGUCUGGCAGCAGUUCUGUUGCAGAAAAAUCGCACCAGAACAGCCCUAGCUCAGAUGAUGACCAAAGUAUGAGACCACACCAACCCCCACAAGACUACAUGAGCUCCAUAUCCAUCAGCCAAGGUGAGAAACACAAAAAGCAUAAAAAGGAAAAGAAAAAGCAGAAGGAGCGGGAAAGGGAUAGGGACAGAGAACGAGAUCGGGAAAAAGAAAAGAAGAAGUCAACAAUGUCUUGUGGGCCUUCCUCUUACCCAGUGAAGACAGACAACUGGUCUAGGUCCCCUAUAUCCUCAGAACCUUCAAUGUCAUUGCUCAGCAUAGAGCGCACCUCACGACCAAGUCCUGUGUAUAUGCAUACGGAGGAUGACGACCUCAUGGACUCUGCCUUAACAGGCAAUCUAGAACCAUUUAAAUAGACAAUGCUAUGCCUCUGCUUUAUAGAGGCAGAUGAAUGCAGCUUACUGUUUAAACUCUAAUUUGGGGUCUGCUUCUUACACUGACGAAAGGAUAUUUUAAGUAUUUUAUGAAGAUUAUGUUGUUUUAUUGUGUAUAAAUGCCAUAUGCCGCUCUAAAUAUAAUUGAUUGCUAUGGGGAGUGCUCUGAUAAUUUAAGGAAAAAUAUCUAGCAAUCCUCAAACUUUUUUAAAUUUAUAAAGAUUUGGAAGAAAAAAAACUUAAUUUAUGUAUUUUUAAAACUUUUUGUAUUAUAGAAAAUUGGGUGCAAGAUUUGAAAUAGAUAUUUCAUAGUUAUGUUCUUUUUUAAAUUGAAAACCUUGUUUUGCUUCUGUGUAAGAACUAUAUCAUAAUAUACACUGUGAAAUCCAACUUGAAAAUUUAGUAUUGUCAUUUAAAUUUCAAGAUAACUUGAUAAAAUCCUUAUUUAAAUCCAUACCCAUGUUUAAACUAUUUUAAUUUCAGUCUCUUGUUGUCAAAGGAAACAAAUAACAUCCUCUUUUUUAAAAGAAAUGUAAAGCCUU